AUGGAGGCAACCACCGACGCCAAGCUGGUGCUGCCGCCAGUCUCGGAGAAGUGCGUCGAGAAGGGGCCGUCGCCAGCCAAGCCAAACGACGCCGCCAAGACCCCGCGCUCUAGCAAUGCCGCUAAGAUUGAAACGACACGCUUGAGCGCGACGAGCUUGGAAAAGGCGAGCGAGAUCAGCCCCGCGCGCCCUGCCGGCCAUUUGCCCGAGACUAGCCCACCGCGUCGGAUAUCUGUCACGCGCGCCGACAUGCGCCGGAGCUCGAUACUUCCGCGCAGCGACGAUGCGAACGCGGUUCGACCAAGCUCCCCCAGCCCACCCAAGGGCGCAAGCUCAAGCAGCCCCAUCGCAAGCUCCAGUCAACUCCAGCGGAUGCCGUCCGGGCGUGGCAUCGUCGCAGAGAAGAGUCCGGUGAAGGAUCUGAGUCCGAAGCGCAAGCCACCAACGCAUUUGCACCACUUGGAGCCGACGGUGCGGAGAUGCCUCGCAACGAAAGACGGCGCUGGCGCCUUGGAGCCGUCCGCGAAACGCAAGAGCGCGCGCAACUUAGUGCGAACGUCAAUGACCAAGACCGACAGUGGAGGUGGCAACGAGAGCCACACGCUCGGCCACUUGAGUCCACUCACGUCGGUGCCACCGCUGCACUUGCAUGACCGCAUGGGAGCGUCGCCGUCACGACACAAACUCGAGCUCCAGCAGCGCCUCACCGACAUUGAGCACUGCCAGCUGCCCAUCAUUCCCUCGACACCCGAGUCGGGCGCCUUUGACGAGAAGCGACUCUCGGAGAUGAGUCAGAGCGAGUACGCCGAGUUCUGUGCGUCAUUAGGCUUGCCCGACCUCCGACGCCACCACGCCAAGCUCUUCAAGCUCGUGCGGCAGUACCAGACGCUUUUCUCGGUGGCGAGCUCGAUUUCCGUCGAGAUUGACUCGGGCGAAGCGCUCUCGCGCAUCAUUGAAGGCACAUACGAAGUGCUCGAAGUCGACCACGUCGCGCUCUACCUCAUCAACCACAAAAAAGAGACCUUGCACAUGUGCGUCUCGCGGUCGUCGCGGAGCACCGAGUACCCGCUCAACAAAGGGGUGCUAGGUCACGUGGCCAAAUUCGCAGAGUCCGUCAUCAUCCAAGACGUCGAGAACGACGCGCGGUGUGACCAGGACACGGACAAGUACCUCGUCGAUGGAAGCCUCUUGCGCAACCUGCUCUGCGUGCCGAUACUGGACCCUUCCAAAGUGCCUGUCGCCGUCCUUCGCUGCGCCAACAAGGCGACGGACUUUACGCGAAGCGACUGCAUGAGCCUCGAGCUCAUCGCGUCGAUCGCCGGCCACACGCUGCACAAGCUCGAGCUCUACGAAGUCGCCAUGCUCGCGGGGCGAAAAGCAUCGGCGAUGCUCGAGGUUGUGCGUGCGAUCGCGACCGAGUGCAAUGACCUCAAUGGCAUGAUCCACAAAAUCAUCGACGUGGCGAAAACAGCGUUGCACUGCGACAAGCUCUCGCUCUUCCUUUGCCACCGCGAGAAGCGCGAGCUUGUGUGCUGCGUGUCAUACGACCCGGUGCUUCGGCGCAUGGUCAUCCCGUACGGGGUUGGGAUUGCUGGCUAUGUGGCGGGCACGGGACAAGUGCUGCGCAUCGACAAUUGCUACGACGACCCGCGCUUCAACGCCGCGACGGACCGCAAGAUGGACUACAAGACCAUCUCGGCGCUCUGUGCGCCCGUCAUCACCCACGAUAAUGACAUGGUCGCCGUCAUCCAAGCCAUCAACAAACUCACAGUGCCGUCCACCGAGCACCCGCCGGCCUUGGACACGAUCAUUCCAUUUCAAGACGCCGACGUGCAGAUGCUCACGGCGUUCUGCGACGAAAUUGCGUCGUCGCUGCGACGGUCGGCGCUCGAGACUGCGUACCACCAAGUGCUCCAGGGCGUCAACCACAUGAAGCGACGCGACUCGCUCACACUCGUGGUUUCGUCUCUCCUCUCUUCGUACUCGCAACCAGCCGCCCCCGCGCGACCGUCCAAGCGCUACUGGUACAUCUACGCGUUUCGCGCCGUCGGCAAGUUCAUGCGGCGCCUCAAGCAACACCGCGGCGUGCAGACGUGGAUCGGGAACGACCAAGCGCCGGCGCUCCUGCUAAAGUGCACGCUACGGGCCCAUUGGAGCAGCGCGCAAGUCGCGUUCGAUGAUUUUUCCUUUAACAUUUUUACGUGCCCUUCCGACCAGCUGCGACACCUCUGCGUCGAGGCCUUUCGAGAAAUCGGGCUGUUCGAGACCUUUUCCGUGCCGGCGGAGGUCGGCCUUGCGUUUGUGACGCGCGUCCAAGAGGAGUAUCUCGACAACCCGUACCACUCGUGGUGGCACGGCGUCGACGUCUUCCAGCGCUGCUUUGCGCUACUGAGUCGCACGUCACUUUUGUCGCUGUUGCAGCCCAUGCAUGUGUUUGCUCUCUUGCUCUCGGCGCUCACGCACGAUGUGGGCCACCCGGGCACGGACAAUGGCUUUGAGGCGGCGACCUUGUCACCGCUCGCGGUUCUCUACAACGACACGUCGGUGCUGGAGCAGCACCACGCCGCCGAGACCUUUCGCAUCCUUGGCGACGCCUCGUGCAACAUUGCCGUUGGCUUGUGCCGUGUCGCCUUCCAGUCGUUGCGCAAGCUCGUCAUUGACGCGAUCCUGCAAACCGACAUGAAGUCCCACUUUGAUCUUGUCCAUGCGCUUGAAGACGCGCACAACCGCGAGCUCAAGCAAAUGCCGGCCUUUGAUAGUGACGAUGCGACGCACAUCAAGCACCUUCUCGGAAGUGUCUUGCACGCCGCCGACAUUGGCGCGCAAGUGUACCCGGUUGACGUCGCGUGGGAGUGGUCGCGCCGGCUCGUGGAAGAGUUUGCGCUAUUGGCGGCGAAAGAGCGCAGUGCGGGCAUCCCCGUUGCCGUCUUCCGCGCGCAUUUGGAAACAGACAAGGACAUUGCGACGUUGCAGCUCAACUUUAUCAACUACAUUGUCACGCCGCUCUGGACGCUGCUCAUGGAGCUCUUCCCCGCCGCCAAGGUGCUCAAGACGAACCUCGACUGCAAUCGCAUGUACUUUCAGCACGACAUCGCCGACACGUCAGACGGUCACGGCAAGCGCCGAUCACUCUGCGUGACGCCAACGCUGUCCCUUGUUCCGAGCCAUCGCCUCGCCAAGCGGAGCGCCACGACGCACUUUACCGAGCAAGCCUGCCACGUCAUCACCGAGACGCUAAUACAGCCGUCCAAGUCCGACUACAAGCGCAAUUAAUCGACAAUAGACACCGUCUCUGAACUCGACUGACCCGAC